GAUAGUCAGGAGCUGAGCUGACUAGGAGCUGAGGGUGCGGGGCCCAUGAAAGAAGCUGAAGAAACCUUUGGUACUUAUCCAGAACUCAGCUGCUUGGCCAUUAAAGUGAACUCCAUCCUGGGGCUCCCCUCCAGACAGCCACCCACUGAGCAGCUAAGGCCAGUGUGUGGGGACUUCCAUAUUUCCUCCCUCCUCCCCUCAAUCGAUCCAUCAGUCCCUGGCAGCCUGGAUUCCUCUCCCCAAACUCCUAGCAUGAACUCAUUCUCUAACCUGAUGGAUCAGCUACGGCAGUUUUGGGUUGACCACUUCUCCCGCCGUUUCACACCCAGGCGACCCCCACUGCGCCAUUUCUCCUCCAUGUCCACCUUCUACCUGUUGGACCACCACACUCGCCAGGCUGAGCUAGGUCUCAAUUAUGGUCCUCCUCGCGCUCAGCUCAGUGACCAGGCCUUUGUCUUCCGGUCUGGAAAGUGGGUGAUGGAAGGAGGGUACACAAGUAACUUGCAACCCUUGAACCUCACUGCCUACUGGAAGCAUCCUGUCCACCAGGGCAAGAACAAGACAUUGCUGGAAGAAAACAACUAUUUGAAGCUCCAACAAGAGCUGCUCAUGGAUAUGCUGACAGACACCACAGCCCGGCUGCAACUGCUGGAAAAGAAGCUAGAUGUGGAUACAAGCCCUUUGGCUACUGCAUAUGUCUGGCAGAAGAAGAUGACAAAGAGGAAUGGAGUGCAGUUGAUAGACCCCAUGGCCCUUUUCCCCAGGUGAUGGGGAGGGGUACUCUCUAUUCCCCACUCUCAGACACCUGAAUAAAUGGAAUGUCCCAGAGGGCCACUCUAGCCACUACCCACCUCUCCUUUCCUCCCUGGCCCUGGUUCUGCCCCUGAAUUCCUUCCUGGACAUUCCUUCCUAACCUGCCUUCUUGCCCACCUUCAUUAUUCUCAUUAUCCAGCCUGUCUGUAGGCAUUGGAUCUAUGAGUUCACCUAAUCUUCUUCCCAAAUGCACUAGGGCUCAGGCAAAACCAAAGCAGGGGAAGUUUGUCUCUGGUUUCCUUCCACUCCCCCAUUAUACUUUUCUUUUCUCUUGUAUGCCCUCCAUCCCCUAGGUGUUUAUGACAG